GCUGCUACUGUGUUAAGCUUAAGCUCCCGACGCAGUACCUGUUACCAAUUCUGCGUUGCAAGGAACAAACUUAAACAUUUCAACGUUCAAUUCAUUUCAGUCGUGACAGAUGCAACAAUUUACCAAUUGUCUACGUAACUACGUCCCUCCUUAGUGAGGAACCGUGGUGAGACAAGACGAGUAUUGUUUGACAACAUACUCCCAAUGUAAACGUUCUUUGCCAGCAGUUAAACAUCUCGUCGCAUUUUGCGAUCGCAAUCAUGGAUUUACUUAUCUCGACCCUGAGCGAGACACCUCUUCAUACCCUACUCGCGGCCUUUGUAGCAUUGGUUAUUUUCGCCUUCUAUAGUCUCUACGCCAUCCUCCAUCUCAUCGCACCCAAACCCCGACCCGCACUCCCAUCCGAAAAGAGCUACAUAACCACAACCCCGAACGGCACCGCAACGCGACAGCUACCAUGCUGGCACGACCGCUGGCUCGCCGACCGUCAAGCCAGCGAGAUCCGCGCCCAAAACGACGACCCGACACAGCUCGACAUCGCAGACACGGGAUCCAUCGACCCCGCCGAAGUACGCAUGAGCGUAGUCUUCCCCGCCUACAACGAAGAAGACCGCAUCCUACCCACGCUCAAGGAAGCCGUCGAGUACCUCGACAAAACCUUCGGCCGCGACCCGCACCCACAUCUACGCCAUGCCCAGCCCUCGCGCGCGCGCUCCCCAAGACGACAUAUACAGAAUACGCCGCAAGACGACCUUUCCGGCUACGAGAUCCUGGUCGUUAACGACGGCAGCAAAGACCGCACCGCGCAGGUCGCGCUAGAAUUCGCGCGUGAGCACGGGCUCCACGAUAUCUUGAGAGUAAUAACACUAGAGCGCAACCGUGGGAAAGGCGGGGGCGUAACGCACGGUCUACGACAUGUGCGCGGGGAGUACGCGCUCUUCGCAGACGCGGACGGGGCGUCGAAGUUCGGGGACCUAGGUAAGCUUUUGGAAGGGUGCGAGGAGGUCGUCGACGGCGCGAACCGGGGCGUGGCAAUCGGAUCGCGAGGCCACCUCGUCGGCAGCGAAGCCGUAGUCAAGCGAUCCGCGUUGCGGAACUUCCUCAUGCGUUCCUUCCACCUGGUCCUCAUGAUCCUCACUCCGCCCGCAACCUCGCGCAUCCGCGACACCCAGUGCGGGUUCAAGCUCUUCUCGCGCGCGGCACUACCACACAUCGUCCCGUACAUGCACGCCGAGGGCUGGAUCUUCGACAUCGAGAUGCUGAUGCUGGCGGAGUCGGCGCCAGCGGUCCCGGUGCUCGGCCAUGACGGUGCUGUUAUUGGUAGCAGCCCUGGUAUUAAGGUCGCCGAGGUGCCCAUCGAUUGGCACGAGGUCGGCGGGAGCAAGCUUAAUGUCAUCCAGGACAGUGUCAAGAUGGCUAUUGGCCUUGCAGUGCUGAGGGCUAGUUGGAUGAUGGGGGUUUAUCGACGACGGUUGACGUAGGGGGAUGGGUUGGGGGAUGGAUGGGUUUAUAUGGGCUAGAUGACUGGCUGAACUGCCUUUUUUAUGAUGGAAGGCGGCAUGGGUUAUGCGCGGCGUAGGCUUUUACAUACACUAUACAGAUGGAAUGAAUGAUAUAAAUUCCGUUAAGUUUUCUGGUCUGUUAAGGAUCUGUAUUGCCAGUGUCGUGAUCUGAUUCUGAGUCCUUCGUAACUUAAGAUGAAAUUGGAAGUCC